CACACAGAAGCUCAAAGAUGUCAGCCAAAAUGGAUUACCUGAACGUGACAGACUCAUGUCCCUCCAUCAUUGACUUCCGUAACCAAGUCUACUCUACGUCCUACUCCCUCAUCUUUGUGUUGGGUUUUGUGGGAAAUAGCUUCGCCCUGGGGGUGCUGAUCAAAACAUACCGCCAGAGCUCACCCUUCCAUGUCUACAUGAUGAACUUAGCGAUGUCUGACCUGUUGUGUGUCAUGACUCUACCACUGAGGGUGCUCUAUUAUGUGAGAAAGGGCCAGUGGGAGCAGGGGGAUUUCCUGUGCCGUAUCAGCUCCUACUUGCUUUACGUGAACCUCUACUGCAGCAUUUACUUCAUGACUGCCAUGUCGGUCACACGGUUUGUGGCAAUUGUGUUCCCUGUGCAGAACCUGCGGCUGGUGACAGUGAACCGUGCACGUAUCGUUUGUUUGGGUAUAUGGCUGUUUAGUGGUCUGACAUCCUCCCCCUUUCUGAUGCUUGGUCAGCAUGUCGACCAGUCAACAAAUAAAACCAAAUGCUUUGAGCCACCAAAUCAUGCAAGUAAUCAUCUGCCAAAACUACAGGCGCUGAACUAUGUAGGCCUGAUAUUAGGCUUUGUCUUACCCUUUCUGAUCAUCUUAAUCUGCUAUGCUGGCAUAGUUCGUACCCUGCUUUUGCGCACUCCUGCUACUCGACGACAAAAGGGUUCAGCUACAAAAGCUAUAAGAAUGAUAGUGAUUGUGCUGCUGACAUUCCUAGUCAGCUUCAUGCCGUACCAUGUACAGCGGACCAUCCAUCUAAACUUCCUAUCCAAGGAAGGCACAUCCUGCUUCAUGCACAAGUCUGUUGUGGUGACUCUGUGCCUUGCUGCUUCAAACUCAUGCUUUGAUCCGUUGCUGUACUUCUUUUCCGGCGAGGGUUUUCGCAGCCGCCUGUCGUCGAUACGCCACACAGUGAGAAGCAGCACGGUGCGGCGUUCAGCCAAACUGAAGCACAUCACAAGCUCAGAGAACAGAGAAAACCUCCAGCUGGGUGCCAGUUAA